AUGGGUGCCAAGUCACACUCCUCCGGCGCCCGCUGGUUGGUUGGUUGGGCGCAGAGUCUGACGCAAAAAUGUUGCGAAUAUUUCAGCACGGCGGCAGAGGACCUGCGCCUGUCGCCAUUCGCUUCACGAGACGGGGUCGGCAAUCGUGGUCAGCUUUCAAUGUGCGGUUACAACGACGCGAUCGAUCGCAGAGACCUUCACGCUCUGAUGUCGGUACGGGACGGGAAUGGUGAAGCACGGGCGCCCGCAGGAAGACUGGACAUUCAGCAGGGCGCCGAUGGCUGA